UCAAUUCUCUUCAUAAAUACAUUCAACAAGGCUUUUGUACCUCUCCCAUGCAUCUCUUCUAACUCUAAACUAGAUUUUAGUUUCUGUCUCUAAUUUUUAGAAGCUUGGAGAUUCAUGGGUCUUCCUCCAAAUGCAACCCCUCCUCAUCUUUAUCCUCAAGCACUUCAACUUAAACUUUACCAGACUUUCAUAUUUUCAAUUCCUAUCCUCUUCUCCAUUAUUCUAUUGCUCUUGUUUUACUUGUUCUACCUCAAGAGAAAGGCUACCUCCAGCUCACUCUCAUCAUCUCCUACUCAGAUUCUUCCAAUAACCUCCAACCAGUCUACUCAAUCUGCGCCCUCUGUUUGUCAGAUUGGCUUGAAGAAAGAGAUCAAAGACAAGCUUCCAAUUGUAUUGUUUGAUGAAGAAUUAAGGACAAGAGAACCACAGUGUUGUGUUUGCUUGGGGGAAUUCGAGAUCAAAGAAGAGUUGCUGCAAAUCCCAACCUGCAAACAUGUGUUCCACAUUGAAUGUAUUCAUCAUUGGCUGCACUCAAACUCAACUUGUCCACUUUGUAGAUCUUUUGUCAUCCCCACCACCAAAAUUGAAAAACUGACACAAUCCGGAGAACCUGAGAUGCUACUACAGCAAGAUAAUCCAAACUCUAACCAUCAUCCACAGAUUGCAUCAUAAGAACAGCAACAAGAGUUCAGCCACAGACUUGUGAUAGCUAUUGAAGAAUCAUCAAGCGUUAAAGCUUGUUCAAUUAAUGGACUUUGCUGGCUAUCCUGAGCUUUCCAUUCCCACAGAGAAUGGAAGGGGUUGUUCAAGUCAAGAAUCUGUUGCUCGACAUAUCCAUAGUAACACAGACAUUUUUUUUUUCAUUAUGAAGCUCAAAUUAAUAAAGGAGAUAGGCAGAAGCCCUCAGGGCAUAUACUAUAUACAAA